AAUGCACAAAAUAUAAUUUUCUCAUCUUUCUCAUUAUAGCAUGCUCAAAUUUGAGAGUGUUUGCUAAAGUUUUAUAUAAAAACGUACAGGUGUCUCUAUUAUUUGUUAAUAUCUGUGCCUUCUCUGUAUUUCGUCAUGCUUUCAAGUUCUGAGGUUUUUGACUGAUCCGAGUUACCGUACAAUUGCAGGAAGUGUUGAUUUCCACCAUCUAGGUUUAUUAUAUUGGAAGGCUAGAGCACAUUGCUCUUGAAGUAUCUAUAGGAAGGGUGUUUGCUGUUAUAAAGUUAGUUGUACCGUAAAACGGUGUAACUAUUGGCCAGGAAGCGACAGAAUGUCCAGCGGAACGCGUUUGGAAAACGCGAAUCCCCUCAUUUUUCAGCGAUCAGGGGAACGCUUGUUGACAGCUACCGAAGAAGAUGAGGAUGUCGUUGAUCCCAUCGAUGACAGAGAAAUCUUUGAUCUUAUUAGAAAUAUUAAUGACCCCGAGCACCCUUUGAGCCUCGAGGAACUUAACGUUUUGGAGCAAGUGCGUGUCAGGGUGAAUGACCAGGAGAAUGCUGUGUCUGUGGAGUUCACUCCUACCAUACCCCACUGCAGUAUGGCCACACUUAUAGGCCUGUCCAUCAAGGUGAAGCUUCUGCGCUCACUGCCAGACAGGUUUAAGAUUGAUGUGCACAUCACACCCGGAACCCAUGCCUCUGAGGAAGCAGUGAACAAACAACUUGCUGACAAAGAGAGAGUGGCUGCAGCUCUGGAGAAUGCACAGCUCCUGGAAGUGGUGAACCAAUGCCUCACCUCCAAGACAGUGUGACAGCCCUGUCAUAUGUCUGCAACAGACUAAAUUUUGUAGCAGUCGCUUACAGUGUCAACCAAAAGGUUGAGGGUUUAUGUAGAGGUCUGGUUAGUUAGUACAUGGGUGCACGUUAGUGCAACCUGCUCAUCAAACAUAUGCUUCAGUGCUAUUCCUGGGUUCUCUGAUUACAGUGUUGGUGUUUGUUUGACUAUGCUUUGAAGAGUGACCAAAAUGAAGGUCAAUGACUGAAUGUUUGCUGUAGACGCACAAUGAGGAUCUCUUGUAUUAUGGGUUGGGGCUUUUUCUUAAAUACAAUAUGUGGAGUAUACACAAAUUCUUACACUUAAUCUGCUGCCAUAAUAUAAUGGUAUCCACCAGUUUUAACAUUAUACUCUGUUAUGUAUAUGUCUGUACCCACGGCAAUGUGGUGAACUACACUGAAAUCCGGUCGGGUCAAGUGAUCACAUAGUGCAUUGUUUUAUUAGAAACAAAUAUUUUGAUAUUGAAAAAGCACUUCCCCCAAAGAAUUCAAUAAUAAAGUUAAAGGGAAAAAAGG